AAUGAAUAUUUCUUAGGCAAUGCUGUAGCGAGGGGAUUUCUGGUCUAUAGAACGAUUUCCGUUAUUCAACGAUCAUGCAACUGUGCAAUGUCCUUUUCUUGUUCUUGCUGUCAGAGCGUAAUCAUUCUGUAUACUAAAAGGGAAAAGAAUCUGUGUGUGAAUUUUACGUAUCAGAGAAACGGCUUGAACGUAGACGUCGCGUUGAAUUCGGACACAAUCAGUACCAGAACAGUUACAAAUUACAAAGCGUUUCAGUUUUGCGUGUUUGUUCCUGGUUGUCUUUUCUCGACCGCGUGUGUCAACAUUCUGGAGCUCAACCAAUUUCCUAAAUCCAUCACGGUUUGUCUUCGUUUGGACAUUUAUGCCAAAAAACAACUUUGGCAGAUCAAUUACGAUUGUAUAAGUUUGUCAACGGAGUUACCGAUAGUUUCGACGGAUAUCACGCCGAGAAUGACGGAUACGCUGAACAUAGAAAUGCCUCUGACGGCAAACGGACCGACAGGAGGAUCGUCGAUGACAGAAUCAGCGACAGAAAUGGUAACAAAUCAAAUGACUAUGGAAAUGUCGGAAGCGAGUUUGGCAGAAAUAAUCGGAAUGACUGGACAAGCGAGUGGAAUAACUGAGGUGUCGGAAAUGAGUUCUGGACAAACGGAGCAGAUGACUAUCGAUUAAAAGAUGAUGGUGGGUGCAAAUAAAAAAUAGAUACCUAAAUGAUAAAUUUGAAUACGAAAUAUUAUGAAUAAUACGAGAUAGAAAUAACGGAUAUAAAAUAAAAGAUGAUGAUAAUACAGAUAUUAUGUAUCGUAUUUUCAACUGCGAUAUAUUAUAACUUAUAAGCGA